CAGGGGAAGGGGCGGAGCCUGCGGGACCCGGCGGUCGGUGAGCGCCGGCUCGAGGCUGGAGCUUCUGGGCCCUGGGAGGAGGAUCUCCGCGCGACCAGGGUCGGAGGCAGACUCUGGGUUUGGGGAACAUGGGCAUUUGGGGUCACCUGAACCCAGCCUUUUGGUGGUAGGGAUGCCUGGGUGUCCUGGACACCCUGCGGGACUCGGGGCUCCUGCGGGGAAGAUGGGACGCUUCGCUGCCCAAGGAGUGGUCAGGGGGGUGCAGAAGGGCUGCGGGUGCCUUCAGGAGGUCUGCGACAGAGGGGGCCAGCUGCGCACCCCAGGAGUGGUAGUGGCCCUCCUGGGUGACAGACCUGGCUGUAUCCUCCCCCAGAGCUGCCCCACCAUGGAUCCUGAGGUGACCCUGCUGCUGCAGUGCCCUGCGGGGGGCCUGCCCCAGGAGCAGGUCCAGGCUGAGCUGAGCCCCGCCUAUGACCGUCGCCCACUGCCAGGUGGGGACGAGGCCAUCACUGCCAUCUGGGAAACCCGGCUAAAGGCCCAACCCUGGCUCUUCGACGCCCCCAAGUUUCGCCUGCACUCAGCCACCCUGGCGCCCACUGGAUCUCUGGGGCCACAGCUGCUCCUACAUCUGGGUCUUACUUCCUACCGGGACUUCCUGGGCACCAACUGGUCCAGCUCAGCUGCCUGGUUGCGACAGCAGGGGGCCACCGACUAUGGUGACACUCAGGCCUAUCUGGCGGACCCACUGGGGGUGGGCGCUGCACUAGCCACGGCUGAUGACUUUCUUGUCUUCCUGCGCCGCUCCUGGCAGGUGGCUGAGGCCACCGGGCUCGUGGAUGUGCCUGGUGGGCACCCUGAGCCUCAGGCCCUGUGCCCUGGUGACAGCCCCCAGCACCAGGACCUCGCUGGGGAAUUGGUGGUACGUGAGUUCUUUUCCAGUGUCCUUCAGGAGAUCUGUGAUGAGGUGAACCUGCCGCUGCUCACCCUGAGCCAGCCCCUGCUGUUGGGAAUCGCCCGAAACGAGACCAGUGCUGGCCGAGCCAGUGCCGAGUUCUACGUCCAGUGCAGCCUGACUUCUGAGCAGGUGAGGAAGCACUACCUGAGUGGAGGUCCCGAGGCCCACGAGUCUACAGGAAUCAUCUUUGUGGAGACACAGAACGUGCGGAGAUUGCAGGAGACGGAGAUGUGGGCUGAGCUCUGUCCCUCCGCCAAAGGCGCCAUUCUCCUCUACAACCGGGUUCAGGGAAGUCCCACCGGAGCGGCCCUAAGGUCCCCAGCCCUACUCCCACCAUUCUGAAGACAAUAAAGGACUUCAUUCA